UUAACAAUACUUGAUUUUUCAUUCACAAUCUAAAACAUAAGAUGGAUUCCCAAAACGCGAGCUUCAAUGCUGGGCAAGCCAAGGGCCAAGCUCAGGAAAAGGCUAGCAACAUGAUGGACAAGGCUAGUGAUGUUGCUCAUUCUGCUCAAGACUCUAUGCAACAGGGUGGACAACAAAUGAAAGAAAAGGCACAAGGAGCUGCUGAUUCUAUAAAGAGUGCUUUGAAUUCAAAAAAUUAAUGAAGCCAAAUGGAUCGUUAAUUAUGUUU